CACCCACCCUCCGCCUAGCUUGCCUCCCAGCUGCGUCCGCCGCUGUCCUGUCUGGCCGCCCCGGUGUCUGCUCCGCACUCUUCCCCGCUCCCUCCCCGGACCCGAAGCCUUCCCUGCCAGCCCGCCUCCCUAGUUUCCACCGCUCCGGCUCCCGCGAGAACCCCGCCGCCCGGUGAAUGCACCAGCGCGCCCCCACCGGUGAAAACAACAUGACGGGCAUCGCCGCCGCUUCCUUCUUCUCCAAUUCCUGCAGGUUCGGAGGCUGCGGGCUCCAGUUCGAGUCUCUCGCCGAGCUCAUCGUUCACAUCGAGGACAAUCACAUCGACACAGAUCCUCGGGUCCUGGAGAAGCAGGAGCAACAGCAGCCCACCUACUUGGCCCUCAGCUACAUCAACAGGUUCAUGACGGACGCUGCACGGCGGGAACAGGAGACCAUGAAGAAGAAGGCCACGCCCAAACUGUCACUGUCCAUCACGGGCGCCGUGUCGAGGAACAGCACAGCCACGCCCCCUCGCCACACCAGCGGCAACCUGACGCCGCCGGUCACGCCCCCCAUCACUCCCUCCUCCUCCUUCCGCAGCAGCACGCCGACAGGCAGCGAGUACGACGAAGAGGAGGUAGACUACGAGGAGUCGGACAGCGACGAGUCGUGGACCACUGAAAGUGCCAUCAGCUCUGAGUCCAUCCUCAGUUCCAUGUGCAUGAACGGCGGGGAAGAGAAGCCGUUUGCAUGCCCAGUGCCGGGCUGCAAGAAGAGAUACAAGAACGUGAACGGCAUCAAGUACCAUGCCAAGAAUGGCCACCGCACGCAGAUCCGCGUGAGGAAGCCGUUUAAGUGCCGCUGCGGGAAGAGCUACAAGACGUCGCAGGGCCUGAGGCACCACACCAUCAACUUCCACCCGCCAGUCUCCACCGAGAUUCUGCGUAAGAUUCAAGGCUAGACCUGAAAAGGCCUCGCGGUCUGCUACCCCAAAAUGUUACCCUUAAAAGUUCCUCACCUGACACUAAAGUGCAUGCUUUAAGUUCUUUUUACAUUAUUAUUUCCUUUUUCUAUCAUCUUAAAUCACUCGUAUUUCCAAAAGUAUAUCUUCGUAUUUUUUUUUAUUGUACAUUUGCACAUUUCGUAUAUGCUAUCAUUUGUUUUUCUCGGUUUGACUUGCAUAAGGUGCUAAAAGAAGUUGACAGGAAGUGCAACCAAGCCGGCCCCCGCACGAUGAUUAAGUUACCUUCCGGUCUCCGAUCCAAACCAGGAAGUGUGUUCACUCCUUUUGCUCUGUUUACUGACUUUGGAUCGGCGGCCUCACGGGAACUUCUGGGGUUCUGCGUAAGUUAUAUUUGAAAUAGAUAUAUUACUAUAUAAACAGUAGACGGAUAUUUAGUUGUAUAUAUAAAAACUAUAAGCUUAUUCACAAGCAUUAUACACAAAUAGUUACAUCUGCAAGCUUUAUUUUAUAUAUUUUGUCAGUAUUUUGACUUGAAUGGUUCAAAGUUUCAUCAAACUAUUUUUCUAAUAUGCCAGCUCAUGUUUCACCAAUACUUUUAGAACGGAGCAUAAAGCUUACUACAGAGCCCCUGGCAUGACAUGGGGGGCAAAUUGUGGACACAAUAUGCAAUGCUAUUUGCGGUCCAAAAUGAAUGAAUUCCCCUUUUUUUUCUUUUGUAACCUGUCCUCCGUUAUUCGCUUUAUGUGGUCAGGCCAAUGGCCAUCUUUAUUACUUUAUUACUUUGGCGCUAUAUUGUGGCAUCUUGUGGGUGACAUGGUGCAGAGGGUAAGCGUACGCCCUGCAACCGGAGGGCCGCCGGUCCCUAUCCCUGCUCGAGUGCAUGUCACCUGGGCAAGACACUUAACCCACAUUACUGAAUGAAUGAAUGUGGUUGGAUGUAUGGUGGUGGUCGGAGAGGCCGCAGGCGCAGAAUGGCAGCCACGCUUCCAUAAGACUGCCCCACGGCAGCUGUUGCUACACAAGUAGCUUACCACCACCAGGGUGUGACUGUGAAGUGAAUGAUUAAUGCAUGAAAUUGUAAAGUGUCUUUGAGUACCUAGAAAAAGCACUACAUAAGUGUAAUACAUUAUUAUUAUUAUCUUGGCGCCGAGGAACUAUGUUGAAGUGAGUUGAGGAGCUUCAUUUAAACAAACUAGUGCUUUGCCACCAUCGUGUGGCAUCUUGGUGCCAAGGAACUAUUUGAAAUGAGUUGAGGUGCUUCAUUUAGACAAAAGUACUGCUUUGCUGCCAUCUUGUAGCAUCUUUGUGUCAAGGAACUUUGUUGAAGUGUGUUAAGGAGUUUCAUUCAGACAAAAGUAGUGCUUUGCUGCCAUCUUCUGGCAUUUUGGUGCCAAGGAACAAUGUUGAAGUGUGUUGAGUUUUAGACAAAAGUAGUGCUCUGCCGGCAUCUUUGUGCCAAGAAACUGUUAAAUCGAGUUGAUGAGCGUCAUUUCGCCGAAGGCGAAGUAAUUUGCUGCCUUCUUGUGGCAUCUAAAUUUAUAAUCAUGUAAUUAUUGAUCUUCUUAGGAGAGGUGUCAAUUACUGACUGAUUUUAUUUGCUAUUCCAAGCAAAGCUUGGCCCCAAUCCCACACAAAAAUAAAAUGUGCAGAAUAUUUGUGGCCAUGACAUACUUGUGUGUGCACGAAAUAACACAUUUGCGGCAAUGAAGCAAGUAUAAGUUGCAUACAAAAUACAAACUAAUAAAGCAUCAUUCCUGGACAGUUGGGUUAGGAAAUCGAGAUCUUGUAUUGUAGUUUCUAGUGAAGGUGCGCUCCAUUUGCUUAACCAGAUGUCCAUGUUGUUCAUGGUAGUAUUAAACUCACAAAAUUGUAUUUUGUGUGUACGUUAUAUCUGUAUUGUGGCCACAAUUUACAUGUUUUGCCCCCAUGUCUGGAGCUCUCUAGUUUAUAGACGCUCCAUUAAGACUUUUUUUUUUUUUUUUUCUCCCCCCCCCCCCCAUACUGAGCUCCAUUUGUUGGAUGUGUCAUUCCAGUUGCCAGCAUUUUUUUUUUUUUCUUGUUCUUUCCAUGACGGUUGCCAAGAGCUCUCCACUGCCAAACAUCCACCAUAACAUGUGCCUGAUUGGGGUGGGGGGGAGGGGAUGAGGCAACAACAGGGUGGCCAUGUUUGUCUCGCCACCCUAAAAAAAAAAAUGAAUGUUCCAAUGCAUGCACCCUGAAGGGUGAUUUGUACUUUUAAAAAAAAAAAUUAAUAAAUAUGAGAGAUUAGCAGCUACAACCUGUUCGGUGUGUUGCAGACGAGAGCAUUCCAGUUGUGUGCGCGUGUAUCUUGACAUCAGCCUAGCGUGUUAUUGUGCCGUUUAGUGUGUGGAUGUGUCAUGUUUCUGUGCCAGGUCACUCCUGUGGAGCAGGAGGGACAGCGGUGGUGUUGCCCUCUUAAAAGGAUUCAAAUAGUCACUCAUUGCCUCUUUGUGGGGGUCAAAAGACAUUAUCCACAUGAUCAACAAGACCAUUGUGUUUGUGAUGGGUCCAGUAAUAUUUGCACUCAUCCUCCAUUCUUUUGUGCAUUAUUAAGUCUCCAUGGUAACAACUCCUAACACAGGCCAAUGGCAGUACAGUAUUACACGUCGAGGUGGUGGGUGGGUGCAACCCACAAACGCCGGAGUCCCAUAUUUACAAUGUACAGUGAAUGUAUCGUAAUGUGUCCUUUUGUCAAGUGCUUUUAAAUUAUAUUUUCUUAUGUAAUGUGGACAUGAGUGUUUUGUAUCGGGGAAGGAGGGGAUGUAUUGUCUUUCUAUAUAAAAGAGAAGCUGCUUCAAUGUAAACAGGUGCCUGCCUGGGUGGAAAAAAAAGAAGCAAAAAUAAAGACUGACUGUCA